GCCAGUGAAGACUGCAGAGCCAAAGGGCAGUCCUGAGCCUGAGGAUCGAGUCGCCUUGUCACUGCGGCUGGCUACUAGCCAAUCCGGAGGAGCUCAGUCCUGUCUGAGUAGCUGAGCUUCCUCGGAGGGAGGAAACAGUUAAUGUCUCAGGCAGCUGCAAUCAGCUAGGCGUGGCUCUCGGGUCUGACUUGGGCUACACAGAUCCGGAGGCAAGGGGCAGAGGAAGGACGUCUUAGUCCCGCAGAGCCUCCAGAUGGCUGAAUUGGAUUUGAUUGCCCCAGGGCCACUGACCGGGGUCAGCGUUCACCCAUUGGCCCCUCUGGUCCCAGACCCUCGGUCAGCUAUCCCAGUAGAAGAAGAGGAUGUGGACUCUCUGGGGAAGCCAGGAGAGGAAACCCAGGGGCAGGGCUGCUAUCCCGCAAAGGUCGGGGCUCCUGGUGAUGAGGGGGAGGAGGAGAUCCUGUGUGACUUCUGCCUUGGGGCCAGCAGAGUAAGGGCAGUGAAGUCUUGUCUGACCUGCAUGGUGAAUUACUGUGAGGAGCACCUGCGGCCACACCAAGAGAACAGCAAACUGCACAGCCACCAGCUGACGGAACCCGCCAAGGACCGGGAUCUGCGUACCUGCCCUGCCCACCACAGCCCUCUGGUUGCCUUCUGCUACACACACCAGCAGUGCAUCUGCCAGCAAUGUGGCGAGGGUGAGCACAGGGGCCACAGCACUGUCUCCCUGGAUGCAGCUCGCAGGAACAAAGAGGCUGACCUUCGGUGCAUGCAGCUGGACCUGGAGCAGAAGCUUAAGUUGAAUGAAAAUGCCAUUACCAGGCUCCAAGCCAACCAUAAGUCUGUUUUGGUGUCCGUGUCAGAGGUGAAGGUGGUGGCUGAAGAGAAGUUUGGGGAACUCCUUGCAGCUGUGAGGAAGGCCCAGGCUGACGUCAUGCUUUUCUUAGAGGAGAAAGAACAGGCUGCAUUGAAUCAGGUCAAUGGCAUCAAGACCCACCUGGAGUACAGGAGCAUCGAGAUGGAGAAAAGCAAGCAGGAGCUGGAGAAGUUGGCCACCAUCAGCAACACUGCACUCUUCCUGGAGGAGUAUUGCAAGAUUAAGAAGACAGAAGAGACUGUCUUCCCCAGCAUUUACAUAGGGCUGAAGGAUAAACUCUCAGGCAUCCGCAAGGUCAUCACAGACUCAACUCUGCACUUAAUCCAGUUGCUAGAGAGCUAUAAAGAAAAGCUCCAGGAGUUUUCCAGGGAAGAGGAAUAUGACAUCAGAACUCAAGUGUCUGCCGUUGUCCAGCGCAAGUAUAGGACCUCAAAACCUGAGCCCAGAACCCGGGAUGAGUUUCUCCAAUAUGCAUGUGACAUCACAUUUGACCCAGACACAGCACAUAGGUACCUUCGUCUGCAGGAGGACAACCGCAAGGUCACCAACACCACACCCUGGGAGCAUCCCUACCCGGACCUCCCCAGCAGGUUUUUGCACUGGCGGCAGGUGCUGUCCCAACAGAGUCUGUACCUGCACAGGUAUUAUUUUGAAGUGGAGAUCACUGGAGGCGGCACCUAUGUUGGCUUGACCUGCAAAGGCAUUGACCGGAAAGGGGAGGAACGAAAUGGCUGCAUUUCCGGAAACAACUUCUCCUGGAGCAUUCAUUGGAAUGGAAAGGAGUUCACAGCCUGGCACAGUGACACAGAGACCCCUCUCAAGGCUAGCCCUUUCCGGAGGCUCGGGAUCUAUGUCAACUUCCCAGGAGGAACCCUUUCUUUCUACGGCAUAGAGUAUGAUACCAUGACUCUGAUUCAGAAGUUCAACUGCAAGUUCUCAGAGCCAGUCUAUGCCGCCUUCUGGCUGUCUAAGAAAGAGAACACCAUCCGCAUUGUGGAUCUGGGAGAGGAGCCCGAGAAGCCUGCUCCGUCCUCAGUGGAGACUGCUCCUUAGACUCUAGGAUCUGCCUCCCAGACUUUGCUAACUGUGACGACUGGGCAGCAGCUGGUAUUUUAAGGUAGAGAGAAAUAUCUGCUGGUGCUAGUUGGCUCUGGAAACUGUGUGGGUCCUGAGUGAACUUUCCUGCCUGCUUCUCAUUGCAGUUCUUGAGUGAAAGCAGACACUCUAAGGCACCAAAGCCUCUCCCCAAGCCUUCUAGUGACGGGGUCUGCUCGGGUGAUUACCACCCUUCGCUCAGAAUUUAUGACUAGGGCUCUUCUGAGCAUAACAAGACUGCAUAGGGUCUGAAUAAAUCACAAACACAUCUCUGUGCAUUUCUUAUGUACUUGACCGUGUCUGGAGUGUUUUUUCUGUGUUAAUUCAUGUCAUCUUCACGGGGUAAACAUUUAUGUUGUCUUUAUGUUACACAUUAAGAGACGGUGUCAGGGCGGCUAGCUAACUUGUUCACGGUUGGUCUGGUCACUCAGUAAAUGAGGGGCAGAGUUGGGAUUCAAGUCUGGGUAGGCUAUUGUUGAACUUGUGACUACGUGUUACGCUUGCCUCAUUAGAUCAUUGUGGUGGUUUGACAGAAAAUGGCCCCCAAAGGA